GUCCCAGUAUCGUGCGGCAAUGCCAUCCACCCCCUUCAUCGACAACCAAGCAUGCCCACUCCGCUCGUUGCCAUCUAUGCCUUUGGCUCGGCCGGCGAUGUUAUGCCGAUGCUCGCUCUUGGCCGUGCGCUGCACACCCAGUGCGGUUACCGUGUGCGAAUCGUUGCCCCCGCCAAGUGGGAGGAGAAGGUGUGCAAAGAAGGAUUGGAGUACUUCGACCUCAAGGCCGAAGGAAUCGCGGCAGUCGCAGUUGAUUCGUUCCUGAUGUCGUUGUUCGACUUCCUCCUCUCCCAGAACGAUCCCAUAUCGAAAAGCACCACCACGUUUGAUCCAAAAGAAGUUGGCCGGUUCGUCACGCACCGUAAAACCAUUCAGGGAAUCAUGCCUCUCAUGCGGGCGCUGAUCCCUGUUCUCAAAUUCCUCUUCAAGACCGCCGACGAACAUCUCAAAGGAGUCGAUCUGGCUAUUUUGACAAACGCUGCUCUGCAGCUUCGAGAGGACUGCGAAAAGCGAGGUAUCCCGACUGUGGCUUGCUAUCUCCAGCCUAGCCAGGCCACGAAGGACUACCCACCCCCUGUUCUUGGAUUGGAGUAUCAGCCAGACAACGACAAGGCGAGACGCAGCAAUCUCAUGACCUGGUUGUCCCUUGGGAUCCGCUCCCUCUGGAUCUUCAAUCCGAUCCUUCAAGAGAGACGACGAGCACUGGGACUCCGCCGCGGAUUCUUGCCUUCGUACAUCACUGCCAUCUAUGAUAUCAUUCAACUGAUGAUCAGGGAGGCUCGUGCGCGGGCUGCCAUGCCGUUUAUUUGCACUUUCAGCCCAGCACUGGUUCCCAUCGCCUCCGAUUUCAAGCCCACCAUGGAUUUCGUCCAGUCUGGUCCUCUCCAGCUGGAAGCAGAUCAGUACGCCGAACCAUUCUCCGCUCCCGUUGAGCUGGACGAGUUCCUUGCCUCCGGAAAGAUCGUCUAUUUUGGAUACGGCUCGCUCCAGAAGCUCGGCCCAACCUCCACCAAGGAGAUCGACCACAUGACCAUCUGGCUCACGGCCAUCCAAGAGCUGGAGUCGCAGGGUGUGAAGUUGAGAGCCGUCUUUGCAUUCUCGUGGGGCCCCGACGAUGUAUCCGCCGACCCGACCAACACAAAGUACCAUGCACUCCGAGAGCAACUGGAUGCCAUGAUCCAACAGAAGAAGGUCUACCGCCUCGUCGGAUCGUUCCCGCACACCUACCUGUUCCCAAGGUGCCAUGUGGCAGUCCACCACGGCGGCGCCGGAACAACUCAGACGGCAGCAAAGUACCGGCUCCCGGCUAUCAUCGUGCCGCAUGUCGUUGACCAACCCUUCAUGGCCUCGGUCGCCAAGUACCGAGGCAUCGCCAAUGUGAUCGAUCUGGACGACUUUUCGACCUCAACGCUGGUCGGAGCGCUGAAGGACAUCCUGGUGGACCGGGCCGAGUAUUUCAAGAAGAACUGCGACCGCAUCGGCGACGAGAUGGCCAAGGAGAAUCCCAUCGGCGAUGCUGUUGCACUGGUCCAGAGAACGCUCCAGAAGGCUCGCUCUGCCACGUCCGACGCAAGUUCUGAGAACACCGCCGUUUGACCAGGAU